AUGGAACCCGACGGCGCGCAGACCACAAAUCAGACGCAAACAGAAUCUUUAUCUUCAUCUCCCAAUACUGUGUCACCAGUGCCGUUAAAUAAUCUGACCAGUACUCCAAGGUUUGGAACAGUUACUCCAAAUCGCAUCUUUGUAGGAGGAAUUGAUUUUAAGACUAAUGAAAAUGAUCUGAGGAAGUUCUUUGCUCAGUACGGCAGCGUGAAAGAAGUGAAGAUAGUAAAUGACAGAGCCGGAGUAUCAAAGGGAUAUGGCUUUGUUACUUUUGAAACCCAAGAAGAUGCACAGAAGAUUUUACAAGAGGCUAAAAAACUUAAUUACAAAGAUAAGAAGUUGAAUAUUGGUCCAGCAAUAAGAAAACAACAAAUACGGAGUCCUCGUUCUUCUGCAAUACCAGAAGCUAGUACAAUGUAUUUAACGACUUCAAGUGGAUAUCCUUAUAUUUACCAUAAUGGAGUGGCUUAUUUUCAUACAUCCGAGGUUGCUUCUGUUCCGCAGCCAUGGCCAUCGCGCUCUGUUUCCAGUUCACCUGUGAUGGUAGCUCAACCGGUUUAUCAGUCUCCUACAUACCAUUAUCAGGCACCAACACAGUGUCUUCCAAGUCAGUGGCAGUGGUCUGUUCCACAGUCUCCUCCCUCUUCACCUUCAUUCUUGUAUCUGCAACCACCUGAAGUCAUUUAUCAGCCAGUAGGGAUUACCCAGGAAAGUGGAUGUGUACCUCCUCCUCUUCUAGUGGAAGCUGCAGUUCCUGAGCUGUAUUCUGAUCAUGGAGUUCAAGCACCACAUCACCAGCCUUACACCCAGAGUGCCAUAGCCAUGCCUGCACCUACAGUGUGGAGCAUUCACUAUUAAGCCAUUUGGGCAGCUCUAAGUCUACCUGUACUGAUUUUUCUUGCCCAGUCCUUCCCAUGUGGCUGAGAUCUAUCAUCAACAUACCAGCUAGCAGCUGCCUGUUGUGAAACUUGGGGAAUUGAGGUCGUGUUCUAUGAGAAGAAAUUUUUCACAUCAUUCGUCUGAGUGUGAGACCUCGAUAUACAUGAAGUCCCCAUUUUCGUCCUAGAAAAGAUUACAGAAUGGAAGAUAAAACUCUUAUCCCACCUUCUACAGAUUUUGUAAAACAGAUUUUUAGCCAUCUACUUUGCUAACAUACCUAUCACGUGGAGGAUGUAUUCUUCCUAACUUCUAGCAUUUGCCUGAAAACACCUAAGUUAAAAUACCACUCCUUUUUGUAAAGAAAUAGAAUGAAAUUUUGUAGUUUGGACAGGUAAAAAUACAUGAAACCAUGAUUUUAUCCUGCAUUUCCUUUCUUAAUAAAAAUACUGCUACAGGACAAAAUGGUGACGUUUGAUACACAGCCUACUGUAUAAACUUUGGUACUAACAUAGAUUGAAAAACAGCAUAGUUCUAUUAAAUGGGAAAUUUAACAUUUAAUUUCUGGAUUACAUAAACCUAAAAGAUCCAUUAGUUACAAAGUAAAAGCCAUCUUACCACAUGUUAAAAGCAUUUAUGUGCUGUGGGUUAAAAUCUGGUUAUUUAAAUUACAUGCAUUUUGUUUCAAUUCCAAUAGAG